AUCAAUAUAUCGAGACAUGGUUGUGCCCUUGGCGAGUUACUGGUCGCAUCCCACCAUCUUCGAGGCCAUUCGCCCACACCUGUUUGUGUUGACCGCUGAAGCAUUUCCCCAUGUUUAUCAAUGGACCACCUAUCCAAUCACGUCCCUGCUCGAACGUAUAUGGGAACAUUUCCUGCCCGUCCUCACCAAAGGUGGUAAACCUGCCCCUCAAGUCGUUGAAUUAUGCUCCGUCCUCGAACGCGCGUUGGCGUAUGCUCAUACUGGAAACUCAAAAGUAAUCGCUACAAGUCUCAUGAGGCCUUUGUGGUUGGUAAAGAGUCUCUUGGAACAAGUGCGAUUUUCCCACACUCCCUGCGUUCCCGUCGCCAUCAGUCCUUCAGAGUGGCCCACCCUCACCAACAUGAAUGUCCCGGCCAUCGCAUCCAAGCGCUCGCAAAUAUUGACGUAUGGGAAUGAUCAUUUUGAGGCAUGCAUCGUCUCAUUCCGUCUCUGUCCUGUCGUUAAUCGAGUUCCUCUCCUAGGCAUAUAAGGCAGAGUUUCAUAUACAGCUCUCGGUCAAUCAGCUGGCACCCAAUACCUUCAAGUCAUACAC